UCACUAAAUCGGCAUAGCGUUUGGCAAACAAGACUUGUUUUUAUUAUUAUCUGAAUGUGUUUAGUUCUUUUAUUGUGGUUGGUACGGCUAUUUUAUUAAUGUCGAAGAGAUAUUGUGCAUUGUGAAUGUUACUUGACAGACCUAGUUUAUAUCGGGACUUAAAUAGACCUACCCUGAGGUUGAAUGUUAGUGAUCAAGUCGGCUAGGCUAAUCGACACUUAUUUGGUUCCUGCAAUAACUUAAUUAUUGCAAAGCAAAAAGGCAGCAAAUAUCAACGCUCCCAAAUUCGACCCUAAUAAUGACAAAGUAAUCAGUGAGGAUUGGCCUAAUUAAUUACUAGUAGGUCUAUUAAAAAAACACUAAGAUAGGCUAUGUGAUAGGCUAUUACUCUAGGUUUCUGCUCCUGCCAUCGAUUAUGGCUUCAUUUGACGAGGAAGUUUUUGAAAAGAAGCUGGUUGGCCUCAAGGAUACACAUGAGAGCAUAUCGGCCCUCUCUCAAUGGUGUCUCGACCGACCAACAAAUCAUAAGAAGAUUGUGUCGAUUUGGCUACAAACUCUGAAGAAAGUGAAAAUAGAGCAGCGCCUGACCCUGUUUCAUCUGGCAAAUGAUGUUAUACAGUACAGUAAGAGGAAAGGCUACGACUUUGUUGAAAGCUGGGGCACUGCUCUCCAGAAAGCGACCACAUUGGUCAGAGAUGACAAAGUCAAAAACAAAAUCUUAAGGUUGUUUAAGAUUUGGGAUGAAAGAUCAAUUUACGAUGAAGCCUUUCUGGCAGAUCUUUCCGGGCUACUCAGUAGUCGCCAACCCGCUCAAGGAAAAGACGAUGCUGUAGACUUUCAGCCAAGUCAUUUAAUUGGAAAAAUUAAAUCCUGUAAAACCUUGGAAGAAGAUACUGAUGCGAAGCGGAAAAUCGUAAAUGACAGCCAUUUAUCACUGAACGAUGCAGACUCACUUCGAUCUUUCUUGAAAGAUAGGAGACAUGGAGCUGAUUUGGAACAGGAGCUCGAAGAAGGGGUUGACAAAAUGGUUGCAUUCAUUUCUGCGUUGAAAACAGAAAUAAAGGAAAGAAAAUCUCUCAUUGAAACCUUGGAGCAAGGCGAAUCAUUCUACAAUACUCAACGAGGGGAAGCUAGAAUUGUGUGCAAUGCAUACAGAAACUUCCUUAAGCGGGUGGAGGGCUUGAGGAAAAAAUUGCUUGAUGUGACACCAACGCUACCGAGUCCAAUACCAUCGCCUGACGUGAACGCUCCGUCUCCCUCGCCGGAGUCUGACAUUGAACUGCCUGAUGAUAACGAGCCACCCGCAACAUCGUUGUCACCUAACAAAACAGGGUGUCCACAUUCUGGAAAGUCAGGGAUAGUCAUGGAAAAGAUUCUGGUGAUUGAAAGUCAUGGAAAUAGACAAAAGGUCAUGGAAAUCCCCAAUGACGGAUGGAUUUGA